GCCAACGAGGUCUAUUCAUUCCAUGGAAGAGGAGAGAUCUUUGUAGCCCCAGGGAAAACAUUGUUUAUAUUGAGCAGCAAUCUCAACGUUUUCUUGAUUCCAAGGAAAUACAGAUUUUAGUUUUUUGUGUGGUGGUACAUGUGAGAGGUUGAAAGUGUUUCUCCAACGUGUCCUCCAGAAACUCAGACUGUUUUCCAAAGCAGACGAGUCUCAACCCUCUCCUACAGCAGAGAUGGGAAGUGUGAGAUCACACCGGUAUAGCAUAGUUUCCUCUGAGGAAGGCAGGGUAAAGCUGUCCCCCAUCGCCGUGCAGAAUGGCUACGGGAAUGGAAAUGCGGGUGGCAAAGUGCACACACAUCAGCAAACACAAACCCGCUUCGUCACCAAGGAUGGACACUGCAACGUGCAGUUUAUCAACAUGAGUGAAAGAGGUCAACGCUACCUGGCGGACAUCUUCACGACGUGCGUUGACAUCCGCUGGCGUUGGAUGAUGGUCCUCUUCUGCCUCUCCUUUCUGCUAUCCUGGCUGCUUUUCGGACUUAUAUUCUGGUUCAUUGCCCUUUCAUCCGGUGACUCAGACAAUCAAGAACAGAUAUGCAUUUCGAACGUUGACAGCUUCACAGCAGCUUUUCUGUUUUCUGUGGAGACGCAAACAACUAUUGGUUAUGGCUACCGAUAUGUAACGGAGGACUGCCCCUUUGCUGUCUUCAUGGUGGUUUUCCAGAGCAUCUUGGGAUGCAUCAUCGAUGCCUUCAUCAUUGGUGCGGUCAUGGCUAAGAUGGCCAAGCCUAAGAAAAGAAACGAAACUCUUGUGUUCAGUCACUAUGCCACAAUAGCCAUGAGGGACGGUAAACUGUGUCUAAUGUGGAGGAUCGGGAACCUCCGGAAAAGCCACCUGGUGGAAGCUCACGUUCGUGCCCAGCUGCUCAAAUCCCGCACCACCGUUGAAGGUGAGUUCAUCCCGCUGGAUCAGAUAGACAUUGAUGUCGGAUUCGACACUGGCAUUGACCGCAUAUUUUUAGUGUCUCCCAUUACCAUCGUGCAUGAGAUUGAUGAGGACAGUCCUCUGUAUGAGAUGAGCAAACAGGAACUGGAAAGUUCCGAGCUGGAGAUAGUGGUGAUUUUGGAGGGCAUGGUGGAAGCUACGGCCAUGACCACUCAGUGUCGCAGUUCUUAUGUGUCGAGCGAAAUCCUGUGGGGCCAUCGAUUUGAGUCGGUCCUUUUUGAGGAGAAAAACCAUUACAAGGUGGACUACUCACGCUUCGAGAACACCUAUGAAGUUCCCAGCACGCCUCAGUGCAGCGCUCGAGAUUUGGCUGAAAAUAGGUACAUCAGGUCCAGCUCCAACUCCAACUCUUUUUGUUAUGAGAAUGAAGUAGCCUUCAUGGAUAAAGAGGAAACGGAGGAUGAUGACGACGAUGAUGAUGAUGAAAAAGUCCAGAGGAAUAUCAGAAGGGACAGUGUGGCCUUGGAACGAUCCAAUACCGAUGAUGUCAAAAGCACAGCUUCCAGUCAGGAUACUUUAUCGAUACAACUCAAACUUUUAAGACAACAGCCUGAGUUAUAACUGCUUUUAAAAAAGAUCCAUGGUACAGUAUAUGGUGUAUAUGCUGUACAGCAUAAGAAAGUCUGUUUUGCUGCUGUUUUGAGAGUAAUAUUUUGCCAGUGGUUUGAGAGGAACACAAGAUUGGGUUGCAGAUGUCUUGUAACCUGUACUUGCGCUUGUUAUCUAAGAAGACAAACAUCAACUUUCAAAUCUAUUUUGACAGUCUAUAUGCAAUCAAUUAUGAUAUAGACAAGAACAGCACACAAUGUAGAUAAUAUAAAAUCUGCUUCAAACUGAGAAUAGAUUACACUACACAACUUUGCACUGAUUUACAAUUUGGAUGGGGUUGAUGCUAGGUGUCCAAAUUAAGUAUGUAGAUCUUUAGGCAGUCAGAGAAGAUAUUUUUCAAAGAAAAAUGUAUAGUGUAUGAUGGUCACAGACAGCCAUGUUUUCUUUUUUUUUCUUUGAUUCCAUCCAGUCGGAGGACAUUAAACAUUUUUAAUAUUCUGAGGCGAUUUUAAAACAUACUGUAUUCACAUAGUACUGGUAGAGCUAGUUUUCUAUCCACCAUCUUAGGUUUUUUUUCCCAUUAACAUAUAUUUGGCCAAAAUAGAGUUUGCUCCCUUGGGUUGUAGCUUAAUAUUGCUACCUACAUACUUUGGAAACAGCCUUUAUGGAAGCCAGUCUUUGAUAUUGUCUAUACAUAGCUCAAUAGGUUUUGGAGCAGAGCUAUAAUUUAACAAUUGCCAAAGAUUUUGCAGGACAGACAGUUUUGUCUGAUUGCACACAGGCUACUAGCAGCAUGUUCAGGAUAACACCUUGCGCAAAAGCCAUGAUGAAAUCAUGUCUUUAACAGCAAAGGUGGUAUAAUGAAGAAUAGGGAAAAUGAGAACCAAAUGUUUCCUUUUAAUCUGGUCAAUUUUGGACAUUUAAAACUCACUGCAAUGUCAUGAUUUAAGAUAAAUGAGUGAAACACAAGGUUAGAAACUUAUCCUCCAUAUUUCAUUUGAAAAUAACAGGUAUUUGUACGGUGGCAGGUUAUGCCUGUGUGAACCACUGUAUGUUCACAAAUAGUUUGAAAACCUGUUAAUGAGCUGGUCUCUUAACAACACGUUAUUUAUCCAGUCUUUCUAUAAUCGCUGUCCUGUAUAAAACACAAUAAUGUUGAUACACUACAUUAUUGACUUGUGUUGCAUAUUAACCUCUUAAGUUAUUAUAUCAGUAUUGAAGAUUAGCCACACAUUUUUAAUGGGAAUAAGGGUUAAUGCUAAUCUAGGGCACUUAAUGUUUUCUUGUAGUGAACAUACUGUAAAACUCCUCAGUCCAUGUCCUGCAUCUUCAGUGCUCUGUCAAAAAUACACUUAACAUCUCAGGGUUUGGAUGAAAUCUGGCAUUCAUACAAGAUAAACAGUCAAAGAGUUGUAAAUAUAUACACUGUACGAUGCAAAUCUUUGAAUAAUAUGUAAAGAAUGUCAUGUUCAUAGCAGUAUAUGUGUUUUCCAUGUGCAAUAGAGCUGUUUAUGAAUGAAGACAUGAAUGUUACUUAUCUGCUGCUGAAAGAUAAACGCUGAUAAAAGGUUACAAAUACUAUUUUGUUUUGUAUGACAGUGUGUUACAACCAAAGCAAGGAUGACUUGAAUUGCUGGAAGGUUUUAAAAACCAGGAAAAUUAGGACACCAGUGUCUAAGGUUUUAAGGUUUUUAAAAUAUAAAACUGUGACAGUAGCUAUCACAAUAAAA